AUGCAGCAGCACGUGGAGCAGGUCGUGGAGGUCCCGAUCCCCAGCACCCAGGAGGAGAUUAUUCACGUGCCUGAACUCACCACAGAAACCCGCGUCGUGCACCAGCCAGUGGAGCAGAUCCUUGAGGUGCCUGUCCCGGUGGCACAAGAGCAGGUUGUCCCCAUGCCCCAGGUCCCAGGGCAGCCUCAGGGGGCACCCUACGGGACACCGCAGCCCAUGCCAGGUCAGGAGCAAGUCCUCGAAGUGCCAAAGAUCAUGACGCAGAUCCAGCUCGGCAGCGACCUGGCGCUGGAGACGGCCGUCCUUGAGACCAUCCGCAGGCGCAGCACUUGGGAGGGUGAAAACGAAGUGGCGCGCUGUGUGUCUAACCUCAAUGCCGCCAAUGCCUUCAAGGAGCAUGUGGUCCGUGUGCCCAAGCUCAUUCCGCAGGAGCGCAUCGUCCACCAGCAUGUGGAGCAGGUUGUGGAGGUCCACGUGCCCAUGACUCAGGAGCAGGUGGUCCGUGUGCCCAAGCUCAUUCCGCAGGAGCGCAUCGUCCACCAGCAUGUGGAGCAGGUUGUGGAGGUCCACGUGCCCAUGACUCAGGAGCAGGUGGUCCGUGUGCCCAAGCUCAUUCCGCAGGAGCGCAUCGUCCACCAGCAUGUGGAGCAGGUUGUGGAGGUCCACGUGCCCAUGACUCAGGAGCAAGUGGUCCGUGUGCCCAAGCUCAUUCCGCAGGAGCGCAUCGUCCACCAGCAUGUGGAGCAGGUUGUGGAGGUCCACGUGCCCAUGACUCAGGAGCAGGUGCACGUGCCGAAGGUGACGCAGCAGGAGCGUGCCCAUCACCUCCAUGUGGAGGAGAAUGUGGACGUGCCGGUAGAGCAGCACAUCGAGCAGGUUGUGCACGUGCCGAAGGCGUCGCAGUAG